AUGUCUACUUCUGCCCGCCGUCGUCUCAUGCGUGACUUCAAGCGCAUGCAGACUGACCCUCCUGCCGGCGUCUCGGCAUCUCCAGUAGCUGACAAUGUCAUGACUUGGAAUGCCGUCAUCAUUGGCCCCGCCGAUACCCCGUUCGAAGAUGGUACAUUCCGCUUGGUCAUGCAUUUCGAGGAACAAUACCCCAACAAGCCGCCAGGUGUCAAGUUUAUCAGCCAGAUGUUCCAUCCUAAUGUCUAUGGUACGGGGGAGCUUUGCCUUGAUAUCUUGCAGAACCGCUGGAGCCCAACCUAUGACGUGGCGGCCAUCUUGACUAGUAUUCAAAGUCUACUAAACGACCCCAAUACGUCAUCUCCGGCGAAUGUGGAAGCAUCGAACCUCUACAAAGAUAACCGAAAGGAAUAUAUCAAGCGCGUGCGUGAGACAGUCGAGAAGAGCUGGGAAGACUAG